AAAAGUAACACAAAAAUGAGGUUAAUUAGAUUCAAUAUGGGAACGUUAGACGUCAGAUUUUUUUGUUAAAUGAAUGUUUACUUUUACAAAAAUGUUGACGAUUAGGUGGAAUAGAUUAAUGUAUUUGAAGAAAUAAUCAAACAUGUAUUUUCCAAUUGGUUGGCCAAAAGUAUUAAAGACACCAGAAUUGGGAGGAAGCUCUAUAAAACAAGUCACUUGUAACAGAGAAAAGGUUCUAUUUGCUAUCCUUACUGAUGAUACCAUAUCGAUAUGGUUUUGCAAACCUUGUGUUCCAAUUGUUUUUCAUCGUCGCGAUUCGAAUUCCAUCGCAAAAUUUGGCUCGAAUGUUUUCCUGGAAUGGAAACCAGAUUCAAGUAUGUUUGUUAUUGUAACUUCAGAAGGUCAUUUAUUAUUUUACAAUGUGCAAGUUUUGGCUGAUCAAAAAGGACUUUAUGUACAAACUGAUUCUCCACAUGAAAGUUUGAAGAGGGAUAGUGCUGAAUUAUUUAUCAAAGAAGUUAUUCCACCACUUCAUCUCUCUUUAAAAGAAGAAAUCCAGAUAUGGGAUGGAGAAAUAACCGGUAUAGUUUGUACAACUAUGACAGAAUUUAUGAUAUCAACAAAGAAGGCUCAUGUCUUACGCUAUCGAUGGGAUGGUACUCAAAAUAGAGAUUAUACAUUAGAUUUAAGAAGAAUUCCAUUUUGUAUUAAUCAACAAGUUUCAAAAGGUAACAAUUUUGACAUCACCUACCAUUUCAUUUAA